GAUCGUCCGCGGCGACCAUUUUUCCGCCGUGGUGGUUUUCGGGGAAGACAAUUCAGCUCCAAGAGACCAUCCGCUAAUUCCGAAAACGAAAUUAAACGACCUAAGUUCCUGCCGUCAUCUCGCUGUACCACGUCAUCCCAACCCGAGUCUCUAGGGACAAACUUCACAAGCAGCCCAUUCCUGCACUCAAAAGCUCAACCAAUCUCACCUUUCGUCUCAACCUGUCCCUAUCCUGGAUGGUUACUUUAUUUUCCAACUCGUGUAUAUGAACCUUCCUCACAAGCGGCCAUAUUCACAAAGGUUUUCAUCGAUUUCUUCACUGAAACCCUCAAACAAUCUGGGUACGAUCCAACAAUCACUUCAGUAUUCUCACAGCCAGCUGACCGAUCCAAUGGAACACCCGUCGAUUGGCUUCGAGUCGAGUCACAGCAAGCGAUUUUGAUUGAUUGUCCCACAUUGUUACGAUCACCGCUCGUCAAACAGAAAUUCCCUGACCUAAAACGGGUUUUUGGAGAGGAUUCUGAAGAUGGGCCGUUGUCUACUGACCACUGUGACUGUGUGUUACAGUCGCUGGGUCUGGCGGUGCACACUUUAUGUUACAAUGCAGUGUACAAUACAGAAACGAAAAACGCAUUCUUCAAAGCUGAUUCUGACGACGCUGUUGAGAACCGUCAAUUGCCUUCUUACAUCGCUGGACGGGUCAUCAAUCACCUACCGUUCACAUCCCUUCGUAAACUACGCGCCCAUCAUUUGGGGCGCUUCAUUUCCGUCAAAGGCAUUGUUGUCAGAGUUGGACAGGUCGACCCUGUGUGUCAUCGCUUGGCUUUCGAAUGUGCCCAAUGUGGGACGAAGCAAAUUCUGAUCCUACCUACCGAUGGUCGGUAUUGUAUUCCCACGAAGUGUUCCACUCGUGGAUGUCGGUCGCGAAGUUUUGAACCGCUUCUAAAUCAUUGCGACACGAUGACCAUUGACACUCAGAUGAUUACCAUCCAAGAGGCAUGUGAAGACGAAGCAGAUGAUGGUCGUGGGAACACGGAAAAUACGGCAGUAUCCAGCCUCGGCCGUAGUCCGCGUUGCUUGAGUUGCCGAUUGAGCAGGGAUUUGGCUGACUCGUGUAUUCCUGGCGAUGUUGUCCACUUGACAGGAGUUGUGAGCCUACUCAAUGCGGAUGGUGUCGCUCCCGGUAUUUCCUCCUGGUGUGGCCGUCGUGGGAGUAACGUAUUUAGCCUUGUGCUGAACGUGAACAGUGUGGUGCGCGUCAGUGGCAGUGGUCCGGCAAGCGCAGCCAGUCUUCAUUGUUCUGAUGCUUCAGCAAGUGUUUCAGGCGGAAAUCGUGGCCUGCUUAUUAUCACUUCCUCAGAAAAUUUAGAUGACAGAGAGGACAAGGUUUCCGGACAAAUCAUUUCCAAUCUUGAUAGUGACUUUUCUAUCAAGGAUCUGUACGCGAUCCGGGAAAUCAGUGAACAGCCUCAUUUGUUCCGUCUACUAGUUGCCUCGCUCUGUCCCACCAUUUGUGGCCGUGGCCUGGUUAAGGCCGGUCUGCUACUCGCUUUAUUUGGUGGAACUCAGUCACGUAACCGAAGACGUCGUAGACUUAAGGAAAAACAGCGCAUACGCAGUCCUUCGCCCACCCAGGCAGGCGUGUCCUAUCGGAUCGAUGUAAACACUGUGUCGGGUGUCACUCACGAAGCUGAUAGAGAUUUCACUUUGGCUGAUGACUCCAGCUCGAGCAGCGAGGCCGAUGAAGACGAGGAAGUAUCACCCGAAGUUUCCGAUCCAGGAGAUGAUUUCGGCCCAAGACGCCGAGCAGCUUCUCAUGUGCUGGUUGUUGGUGAUCCUGGUCUCGGCAAAAGUCAAAUGCUACGUGCCACCGCAAGUUUGGCUCCUCGCGUCAUCUAUGUUUGUGGCAAUACGGCAACUGCAGCAGGUCUCACUGUCAGCACUAUUCGAGAGGGAAGUGGUAGCGGGGGAGGUUUCGGCCUGGAAGCAGGUGCCCUUGUUUUAGCUGACCAAGGCUGCUGUUGCAUUGACGAAUUCGACAAGCUUGCCUGUGAUCCUGCCGUUCUGUUGGAAGCCAUGGAGCAGCAGACCAUCAGCGUCGCACGGGGUGGUCUGGUGGCCAACCUCCCGGCCAGAGCUGCCGUACUGGCUGCUGCCAACCCUGUCGGUGGCCAUUAUGACUCUACACGUACCCUCGAAGAAAAUCUUCGUAUUCCUCCUGCAUUACUUUCACGGUUUGAUUUGGUUUUCGUCCUCCUCGACCGCCCGGACGAGACAGCGGACCGACUUUUGUCCGAACAUGUCACAGCAGUACACACGGGUGCGUGGAAACCUAGCAGUUUCGUUUGCACACCCGCGAGUCAACCCAGUUCCGAUCGAACCCCGAGACCCCAUAUAUCCACUGUUGACAUAGAUCCUCAGGCUCCCUUGGCUCAACGACUAGAGAUACGUGUGGGUGAGCGGGUUGAUUAUAUCCCUUCGGUCUUGCUGCGCAAGUACAUCCUUUAUGCACGAAAAUAUGUGAUGCCAAGGUAUCCACAAUUGACCUUUCUCACUUUUCCUAUAUUUAGUCUUUCGACAGCUGCUGCAAUGACACUCAGGGACUUUUACUUGGAACUGAGGCGCAACCGACAUGUGCGUGAUACGUUUCCCGUCACUGUUCGGCAGUUAGAAUCCCUCGUUCGUCUCACUGAAGCCCGUGCCCGCGCUGAACUUCGGGAAGAGGCCACGAAAGAGGAUGCACUGGACGUUUGUCAGUUGAUGCGUGCUACCGGUCUGGGAACUGGUCAUGUGGGUGGUACACCAGCCAAUGCGACAUUGAGUGAGAUUGCCAAAAGCAUUCCGGUGUCUCGUCGCGCUACAUCCGACUCGGGUCCGACGGCAGCGAAGCGUUUAUUAGCUGCGCUCGAGCUUGCUGCGCGGAACUCCAACAGUCGUCUUUUCACUCGCGCUGAGAUCCAGACGCUGGUCACUGGUCUAAGCUUGUCCGCGGGCAGCGUCGAUCCGCUGAUUGAUCGACUGAACGAUUCUGGCGCCCUGCUCAAACAAGGACCAACACUGUAUAAACUCGUUUAACUUCAGAUUGAUACGCCCUUCACGGAUUCCCUCGAACUGUCUUUCUCUUUACACAAUAUUCCUGCCUGUUUUUGUAACAGAAUUUUCUGCCAUGAACUGGCUUAUCGAUUCCACUAUGAUUCACGACUACAAAUUUGAGGGUAACACAGAGAAAUGAGCCUUUGCAAGACACGCUGAGUGUA